CCGUCAUCGUUUUAAAAGUUAGACAACCUUGUUGACACGACACGAUGGCGAUGCAGAAAAACAGGAACUUAUUCCAAUUGUCAUUGCAAUGGGUGUCUAUUUUUGUCUGUUUGCAAUGUUUACCUGCAAAAAUUCUUCCAACAACUACACCAACAAUACUCACAGUAAAGAGUACAAUAAAUUCUACUGUUCAGAGUCCAACUGUAAAACCUACGGGUGAAGUGGUACUUAAUAAAACAUCAAUACAGACAUUGAAUGAACUAACAAGUAAAACUUCUAGUAAGUCGAUAGUACCAACUGCUGAUUUACCAGGAUCUCAAAAACCAACUAUAACAACUACUAAUGAUAAUAAAUCAUCUGUAUCACCAAAGAUUACUGAAUCACCAUCUAACAAGGAUCAUGGUGAAAUAACUACAAUUAAGACACCUGAUUUACAGGCUAACAACACUUCUGAUGAAUCAACAACAAAUAAGACACCUGAUUUACAGACUAACAACACUUCUGAUGAAUCAACAACAAAAAAGACAUAUGAUUUAACAACUAACAAGACUUCUGAUGUAUCAACAAAUAAGAGUUUACCCACCAUCUCAACAACUAGUAAGCAAUCAUUGGAAGAAGGCCAUCAGAAUAAAACACUACCUAUCAAAAAAACUGAUGGAAAAGAAGAACAGAGUGUACCAAGCCAAUCAACAACGACAACUACCAAAAAACCUGAUAAAAUAACAGUUCUAAUUGGACUUAACAAAUCAACAACUACCCAAAGUCCAGCUGAAACACAUGAUCAAGAUAGACUAGACAAAUUACCAACUACCCAAAAACAAGUUAGAACACAAGAUCAGAGUAACCUGGACAAAAAUCCAACUGAAUCAGCAAAUGAGAAUGUGCAGAAUAAUAAGCCUGGCAGUAAGAUAUCACCAGACACGGCAGAAAAUAAUGAUAGAAAGCAGGAUGAAAAUAAGAAGCCAAUGAAUUCAGCAGGUACCCUCUAUGAAGACGAUGAAGACACAGGAGGGCAUUUCAUGGCCUACUUUAUAACAUUUGUUGUGAUUUGUAUAGCAGGAUAUAUCAUAUAUCAUAACAAACAAAAGAUUCUGGCGUUUAUUUUAGAAGGUAAAAAAGAUGGAUCACGAAGGAGACCAAACAGUAAGGAAUAUAAAAGAUUAAAGACAGAUGAAGUUAUGCCAUCAUUGGAGAAAAAUACGUCUGAUAACAAAUAUAUAUACUGAUUUAAGUAAAGUAUAAGUGAAAGACAUGCCAUUAAAUCAGAAAAUAAAUACAAAUCUAUACAUAUACUGAUAAAAAUUGUGAUAAUAGUUAUUAUAAACCAAUAAUUAUAUAUUAUUUAUGUUUUUUUAAACGAGAUGCAUUUUCUCAUUCUCAUCUCAUCGAAGGGCGGAGCCCUGAGAUGAGAUUAGAAUGAGAAAAUGCAUCGAGUUUAAAAAAAACAUAAAUAAUUUAUUUAUCGCUAUUAUUUGUAUUUUCGAAUAUCACUAAAUUUAAAUUUCAGUAAAAAAAAGUAUCUUAUACGAUGAUAAUGCAUUUUCUUUUGUGGUACUAUUUUUUUUUUGCGGAGGCUUGUUUGAUAUAAAUAUGUAGUCGCUCAGGUAGUUCAUUCAUUUGAAAAAAGAUAUCUCAUCUGACCAUCCGGCGUGUUUAAAUAUUGCAAAGACCAUUUUCACUGUUGAUAAGCUGUAAUUUGGUGUUUCUACGUAUCAAAAUGAAGCGAACGGUUGAAUAUAUAAUGUAUUUUCAAAGCAGACGAAGAAAUAUACAUGCAUGAAGAAAUGUACAUGCAGACAUACCUACGAUGAUUUGUCUAAUUGAAGUAGACAUAUGUAAAAAAGGACAUUUUUUAUUUGUUAAAAACAUGAUUUGAUUACUUUUAUUAACUUCCAAUAAAUUAUUUAACGGCGAAAUUCACGGUAAAAUAUUAAAAAGGGAAACCAUCUUGUGUUGUUGACAUAUCAGCGCGCAGUCAUCAGAUUACAUUUUUUUGUAUAGUUCCGGCUAAUCUUUUCUGAUUGGCCAACACUCUAGCGCAUGAAUUACAUAAAUACGCUGUUGCUAAGGACCUUAGAAACUAGCGAUAAUUUUCAUUCUCACUCUACACGAGUGAUAUGAAAAUUAUCACAAAAAAACAUCAAAGGAAAAAUACAGAUAAUAGCGAUAAUAGUUAUUACAAAACACUUGAUCAACAAUUAAUAAUAUGGUGAAUUGGUAAUUUGUCAGCUUUUUGUUUUUUUUAUGAAAGCAAAUGUGAAAAAUGUAACAUUUCUUAAAAAGAGAAAGCAUGAUAAGGAAAAUUAAUUAAAAGUAAAUUUGAUGUCAUGAAAUAGGUUUGGGGUUCAAUUGAUAAUCAUGACAGCUAAAAUUGAAAAAUUGAUUUUUUGUUGUGUAACCUAUUUUUCAGUAACCUAUUUUUUUUGGCAAAAUUAUUCUGUAUAUUGUGGCAUAGAUGUGAAGUUUAAAUUAAAAGACAAAUAAGUCAGCUUUCCCAUUUUGCAUAAAUGCAUAUAGGUUGAAGGCCAUUAUUAAUUAUAUGUAAGACACAACUUAAAUGUAUUAUGAAUGUCUGUUAGAUUUUGAAGACUGUUUCAACAUAGAUGAAUAAUUUCCCUGAUUUUUUAAAAUUUAAGGCAACUUAUCAGACCUUCUCACUCAAUAUUUCAUGUGGAAUACUUAGCUGUAGAUAAUCAAGACAACUAAACAUUUACUUUUAUUUUCAUUAAUAUUUGCUAAUUUCUUUGGUGUUAUAUUGUCACUGUAAAAUAAUUAAUGUGAUAAACAACUGUAACAGAAAAGUAGAAUGAGUUAUCUAUCUUUAUGUGAAGUAUUUCAAGGGUUAAAAUCAUUCCAGAGUUUCAGUAUAGUCUCUUCAUUCAUCAAAAUUUCAUUAUCAUAUGUUACCUGGAUCUUCCACCAUUGAGAUGUUGUCUGCUGAUGUUAGUGAUAGUUUUGAUGGAUGUGUAAUGAAUUGUCAUAUUGUAUAUUUAAUAGAGGGUUGAUAAAAGGUCAAAGGUAACCAUUGAGAUGUUGUCAGUAACGUUGAUGUUAGUGAUAGUUUUGAUGGAUGUGUAAUGAAUUGUCAUAUUGUAUAUUUAAUAGAGGGUUGAUAAAAGGUCAAAGGUAAUGCUGUAGUAUAUGUACAAUCAAUGUAUUAAGUAAUAUUUUGCCAACAUGAAAAAGAUUAGCUUUCACAUCCUAUUGUUUAAUGAAGUGUGUAAUUAAAGUGUUCAUAAAUAUUAGUUUUGAUCUUUGAAGUAUAUUAUUUAUUAGAAUAGAAAUAGCACAAAAAGUUUCUUAAUUGUUUAAUGAAUGUAAGUUUAAACUAUAUGAAUAUUUCCAUUGAUUUUGAUUUGAGAUUUCGAAAUUGACUGAUUUACAAACAUAUACACAUAUCAGGAUAACUGCACCUGAAAACAUGUCAAAGAAGGACGCUUUUGAAGAAAAAGAUAACAGCAAAUGUGUUGAACUCAACAAUGCUCAAGCAAAGAAACUUGUACAUCUUUAUGUAACAGCAUCCACUUUGUUCUAACAUUGUUUCAUUGUUCAAUAACAAAAUUUACAUGUCCUGAACUACAGUUAAAAUGAAUGAGGACCAUUUUUAAGGUAAAAAUGGCAUGGAAUACAAUCAAAACCUUUUUGGACCGACUUGAUAUCUAAAUCUUCCAAGGCAUAUCACUACCUUUUUGAUACACAAAAUAUAGAGCAUUUAACAUUCCAUAAUCCUAUCCAUGAAAAUUUCCAGAAAUUUACUGAUGUAAUAUAUAUGCUGAGAUAUUUAAGACACAAAAGUAUGUUACACUUGUCUAGAAAAUUACAAUGUCAUUGUUAAAUAGAUCUUUAACAAAUGGAGUUAUCUAUCUUUUUCUAGAAUUGCUGUUAAAUCAACUUCAACCAAUGUAAUAUUUGAUUUUAGUUUGGACUGAUAAAUUGAAGCAAUCUUUACCCUCAGUGCUUACAAGCACUUUGAUUUUAUUGAUAUUGAUGACUUAGAAAUGAUGAAGAUGUAAUACAAACAUCAACUCUAUUUUGUUUAAUAUAUUUUACUUUGUAAUUUUUCAUUGUUGUAAGCUUCACCAUCACAUACAAUCUUGGAAAAGUUGGAAGAAUGUAAAAUGUAACCGUUACAAUUUCCUUCAAUCCCGACUAUUUGUAACCUUCGUUUCUAAAGGCUUUAAUUUUUUUUUUAUUUAAAAAACUAAAAUCCGAGAAUUUAAAAACCCACGAACAUGUGAAUAUUGCUCAAACCACGAAAAUUGAUACCCACAAAUUAAGGUACUUUCACAGUAUAUCAAACAUUAGCUUAAUUAUGAAGAUAUCAUUGUAACCUUGUUACCUUUUAUUUUUGUGCUCAAUUAAUUUGAGUAGAUUUGAUUGGUAGAAAGUAGAUAAGUUGGAUAUUGGUAUUUUGUGAUUGUAUCCAGUGGUACUCAGUACAUAAGUAGAAUUUGGAUGAGGGUGUUUUCUGAUUGUUUAGAAAUGAUUUCUACUAUUUUAUUCUCUGUAUUAGUAACAACAGUUAGAUAAGAGAUAUCAUACCAAUCAUACUUUAUUGUUACUUGCCAGUGAUAAUUGUUUAGUGACCAAAUGUUAAGGCUUAUUUAAUGUUGUGAAUGUACAUACAUGUGAAAAAGUUUAUAAAUAUUUUUUUUGUAUACAUUUUGUUUUUUUAUUUGUGUAAUGUGACUAAGUCUUUAUUCUGAAUGCAAGUUAAUGGAUGAAUAUAUGAAGUGCAAAUUGUGAAUUGUGAACAAGCAUGUGGCUCAACACUUUUGAGUCAUCUUGCAACCUGUAUGUUAUAUACUGGUAUAAAAUGUAGACAAAUGUGAGGGAAGACUGGAAGUUAUGAGUGAAUGAUUUUUAUGCAGAAUGUAUGAGUGAGUUUUAUUUGAUAAAGUAUUUAUAUGUUGCUUGCUUUUUUAUACCAUUAAAGUGUUACUGUAUAGUUGAUUGGAUGUAAACUUAAUAGUAAUAUGAGGGAAUGCUAUAAAAUUAUGUGUUUGAAAUAAAUUUUAUUUACUUUUACAA